GGAGGAGGAGGAGGAGGAGGGUGAAGUUAAGAUGGCAGCACAGCUAGGGCUGUUACCUGGCCGACCUCGAGAAAAAUACAAGGAAUAAACAAAAACAAAAAACAGAGGACGUCAGCUCACGUGUUUGAGAGAAUUCAGUGUCAGAAAAUGAGCACUCGGUUUGGCCUCAAGCGCUGUUUUGCACAAGUCAGGCUUGAAUCGCUAUUCUGAGAGAAAGAGAAAGAGCGGCUUAUUUCGCAGUUGCACCAGCGGCAUUAACGGCGACAUUAUCACCGGAUUGGAGAUACUGGAGCUAGCAAACUGCUCUUGUACUCGUUUGCAUUUCCGUAGCGGAUAUAUGGGGAGAAAGUCUACUGUGCGCUUUCCGACGGGUUGAAAGUACCUAUUGAUCGCCAGCUAGUGACAUAUUGAUGUAAUAUAUGCAUUGUUCCCCAAAACGAUGAUGUGCGCUGCUGCUGCGGCAGCUGGAGCCGGCGGUGGGAUUCUGUCUUCAUCCCCGUCCAUGGGGCUGGGUGUGAGGGUCUUACCUGGAGUUUUAGCCGGAGCUGGGGCCGAGUUUAAUUCUGCCGGUCCCGGGAUGAGCUCCUGUUCCACCUCAGGGUCCCAACCGGACUGUCGGAGCCGAUACCAACUGCUCCUGUCGGGGCGAGCUUUGGCGGAGAAGUACAGGAGGAUAUACACAAGCGCUGUCAGCGAUAAAGAACAAGGCAUAAACCUCGGCAGGGGAAAGAAGGCUUUGACUAAGAAGAAGCUGAAGAGGCGGCAAAAAAUCAGAUCAAAAGUCAAAACAAGAACAAAGACAGAGAAUCUUGAUGGGGCCUUCCCAGUGCCAGACAUCAAGCUCCACAGUAAUCCAUCUGCGUUUAAUGUGUACUGUAAUGUUCGGCGGUGUGUACUGGACUGGCAGCAGAAGGAAGCCUCCCUGGCCCUGGCUUCCCGGAACUCUGUGCAGAGUGGUGACUCGGACAGUGAGGAAGAGGAGGAGUACCGUGAACCUGCUGUCAAACUCCCUAAGAUCAUUGGUAUUGGACUGUGUGGAGUGUUUGAGCUUAUAAAGGAGACCCGGUUCUCACACCCCUCACUGUGUCUGAGGAGCCUGCAGGCGCUGCUGGACAUGCUACAGGGACAACAGCCUGAGAGCUUCCAGACAGAACCUCCAGAUGUGCUGGAAUCUCUGUUCCACCUGCUGCUGGAGACCACAGUGCGGAGCACAGGAAUGAAUGACCCAACUGGUCAAGCGCUGACCGCUCUAUCCUGUGCCUGCCUAUUCAGCUUGGUGGUGGCCUGGGGAGACACUGGGAAAAUUCUACAGGCUGUUUCCGCUAUCCUCACUAAUAAUGGCAGCCAUGCCUGUCAGACUAUUCAGGUUCCAACAAUCCUGAAUGCUCUGCAGAGGAGUGUACAAGCAGUGUUAGUAGGGAAGGUCCAGAUUCAGGACUGGUUUGGGAAUGGCAUCAAACGAGCAGCACUGAUGAACAAGUGGGUUCUGAAAGAGGUGAGCAUUGAUGAGGAUGAGCACUGCCUGCUCCAAACUGAUGGAUCCUUCCUUUACCUGCUCUGCAAGGAUGGUCUCUACAAAAUCGGCUCAGGGUACAGUGGCACUGUCCGGGGUCAUGUGUAUAACUCCACAUCUCGGAUCAGGAACCGAAAGGAGAAGAGGUCAUGGUUGGGAUUUGCUCAGGGCUCUCUGUUGUAUCGGGACAUGAACAGUCACAGCAUGGCAGCCAUCAAGAUCAACCCUGAGACUCUGGAACAGGAGGGCACUAUUGCAAUGCCUGGUCUUCAAGCAGAGGGACAGAACAUAAUCUUUACAGAUGGAGAAUAUAUCAACCAGAUAGCAGCCUGCAAGGAUGAUGGCUUUGUCGUGCGAAUCUACGCCACAAGUACAGAUCCUGCCUUGCAGCAAGAGUUGCAGCUCAAGCUGGCUAGAAAGUGUCUCCAUGCCUGUGGCAUCUCUCUCUUCGACUUGGAAAAAGAUCUGCAUAUCAUCAGCACAGGGUUUGAUGAAGAAGCAGCACUGCUUGGAGCUGGUCGAGAGUUUGCUUUGAUGAAAACAGCUUCUGGGAAGAUCUACUACACUGGAAAGUAUCAAAGCCUUGGCAUUAAGCAGGGCGGACCGUCAGCGGGGAAAUGGGUGGAACUGCCCAUUACAAAAUCGCCUAAGAUUGUCCAGUUUUCGGUGGGCCAUGAUGGCUCCCAUGCUCUUUUGGUGGCUGAAGAUGGCAGUGUUUUCUUCACUGGAUCUGCCAGCAAAGGAGAAGAUGGAGAGUCAACAAAGAGUCGGAGACAACCAAAGCCGUACAAGCCUAAGAAGAUAAUCAAGCUGGAGACAAAGACAGCAGUAUACACAGCAUGCAACAAUGGCAGCAGCAGCAUAGUAACUAAGGACGGAGAACUCUAUAUGUUUGGCAAGGAUGCCAUUUACAGUGACAGCACCUGUCAGGUAUCAGAUCUGAAGGGGCACUUUGUAACUCAGGUAGCCAUGGGGAAAGCCCAUACAUGUGUGCUGACUAAAAACGGAGAGGUGUGGACAUUUGGAGUAAACAACAAAGGCCAGUGUGGCCGAGACACAGGAGCCAUGAGUCAGGGAGGGAAAGGUAACAAUCAGCUCUCUUUUGGGGUGGAGAACAUGGCUACAGCAAUGGAUGAAGAUUUGGAAGAUGAGCUGGAUGAGAAGGAGGAAAAGUCUAUGAUGUGCCAGCCGGGCAUGCACAAGUGGAAGCUGGACCAGUGUAUGGUUUGCACAGUAUGUGGGGACUGCACUGGAUAUGGAGCUAGCUGUGUGAGCAGUGGAAGACCAGACAGAGUGCCUGGAGGAAUUUGUGGUUGUGGUUCUGGCGAGUCGGGCUGCUCUUCGUGUGGCUGCUGCAAGGCUUGUGCUCGUGAGCUGGAUGGCCAAGAGGCUAGGCAGAGGGGGAUCUUUGAUGCUGUGAAGGAGAUGAUACCACUAGACCUGCUGUUAGCUGUGCCUGUCCCUCCCCCUCCAGGCGUUAAUAUUGAGGAACACAUCCAGAUCCGACAGGAAGAGAAGAGACAGCGCGUCAAUCGCCGCCACAGGCUAGAAGAGGGCAGAGGCCCCCUUGUAUUCCCUGGCCCCCUUUUUAUGAACCAGCGUGAGCAGGCCCUAGCCAGGCUAAGACCCAUUCAAGCCUUUAAGCUAAUGCGGGACAAACUCAAAGAUGGUAGCAGUGAGCGUGGGGACAAAGAUGCAAGUAAGAUCACUACCUAUCCUCCUGGAGCAGUGCGCUUUGACUGUGAGCUGCGUGCGGUGCAGGUCAGCUGUGGCUUCCACCACUCUGUGGUGCUAAUGGAGAAUGGGGAUGUGUACACAUUUGGCUAUGGGCAGCAUGGACAGCUUGGGCACGGAGAUGUGAAUUCUAGGGGGUCUCCCACUCUAGUGCAAGCUCUCCCUGGCCCCAGUGUUCAGGUUACCGCAGGCAGUAACCACACUGCAGUGCUCCUCAUGGAUGGACAGGUCUUCACUUUUGGGAGCUUUUCGAAAGGACAGCUUGGUCGGCCCAUUGUGGACAUGCCCUACUGGAAUGCUAAACCUUCGCCCAUGCCCAACAUCGGAGCCAAGUACGGUCGUAAAGCCACGUGGAUCGGUGCCAGUGGAGACCAGACCUUUCUGAGGAUUGAUGAAGCACUAAUCAACUCCCACGUCUUGGCCACCUCAGAGAUCUUUGCCAGCAAACACAUAAUUGGCUUGGUUCCUACGUCUAUAUCUGAGCCACCUCCCUUCAGAUGUCUGCUGAUCAACAAAAUGGAUGGAAGCUGCCGGACCUUCAAUGACUCAGAGCAGGAAGAUCUUCAAGGCUUCGGCCUCUGCCUAGACCCUGUAUAUGAUGUCAUCUGGCGGUUCCUGCCCAGCACACGAGAGAUGUGGUGCUAUAAUUCUGUAAUUGCAGAUGCCCGCAUGCCUACAGCCACGGAUAUCCAGUCACGCUGCAGCAUACUGAGCCCAGAGCUGGCACUGCCAUCAGGGUCCCACGCUACGACCACACGCUCCCACGGAGCCCUUCAUGUCCUAGGUUGUUUGGAUACCCUGGCAGCCAUGCAGGAGCUGAAAAUGGGUGUGGCUAGUGCUGAAGAGGAGACCCAGGCUGUGAUGAAAGUUUAUUCAAAGGAGGAUUACAGUGUGGUCAACCGCUUUGAGAGCCAUGGUGGAGGCUGGGGUUACUCUGCCCAUUCCGUCGAGGCCAUUCGCUUCUGUGCGGAUGCUGACAUCCUACUAGGAGGUCUGGGGCUAUUUGGAGGCCGUGGAGAAUACACUGCUAAAAUUAAACUGUUUGAGCUGGGACCAGAUGGAGGUGAUCAUGAGACAGAUGGAGACCUUUUGGCUGAGACAGAUGUUCUGGCCUAUGAUUGUGCUGCUAGGGAAAAGUAUGCCAUGAUGUUUGACGAGCCUGUGUUGCUUCAGUUGGGCUGGUGGUAUGUCGCCUGGGCAAGGGUGUCAGGACCCAGCAGUGACUGUGGCUCACAUGGACAGGCAACUAUAACCACUGACGAUGGUGUGGUGUUUCAGUUUAAGAGCUCCAAGAAAUCAAACAAUGGUACUGAUGUAAAUGCUGGUCAGAUACCUCAAUUAUUAUACAGGUUGCCAUCUAAUGAUGGUAAUGCAUCAAAGGGAAAACAGCAGACCAGUGAACCAGUUCACAUUCUCAAGCGCUCUUUUGCCAGGACUGUAUCAGUGGAAUGUUUCGAGUCUCUGCUGAGUAUCCUUCACUGGAGUUGGACCACUCUUGUGCUGGGGGUGGAGGAACUGAGAGGAUUAAAAGGUUUUCAGUACACUGCCACCUUGCUGGACCUGGAGCGCCUGCGCUUUGUGGGAACUUGUUGUCUUCGCCUGCUUCGUGUUUAUAUCUGUGAAAUCUACCCAAUUUCUGCCAGCACCAAAGUAGUUGUUGAGGAGUCGAGCAAGUUGGCAGAGUGUGUGGGUAAGACACGCAGCCUGCUGAAGAAGAUUCUUUCAGAGGGCAUGGACAACUGCCUGACCAAGUUGGACAACGAUCCUCAGGGCUACCUUAGCCAGCCUCUUACCUUGCUUGAAGCUGUGUUGCAGGAAUGCCACAACACAUUCACAGCCUGUUUCCACUCUUUUUAUCCUACUCCUGCCCUACAAUGGGCCUGCCUCUGUGACCUGCUCAACUGCCUUGACCAGGACAUCCAAGAGGCGAACUUGCGCACCUCAAGCAGUCGUCUGCUGGCUGCUGUAAUGUCUGCGCUAUGUAACACUUCGGUGAAGCUGACCUCCAUCCUGCCCAUCGCUUAUGAUGGGGAGGUGCUGCUGCGCUCACUUGUCAAACAGGUCAGCACUGAGAACGACUCGGCUCUUGCUCAUCGUUUCCCCCUGCUGGUGGCGCACAUGGAGAAACUCAGUCAUACGGAAGAAAACCUAAUGGGGAUGACGAGUUUCCGGGAGGUUCUGGAAAAAAUGCUGGUGAUAGUGGUACUGCCAGUGAGAAAGAGUCUGAGGAAAGAGAUGGAACUUUUCUCCCCUCAUUUGGUAUCCAACACUUGCGGCCUUCUGGCCAGCAUCGUCAGCGAGCUAACCGCCUCUGCACUUGGCUCUGAGGUAGAUGGGCUGAACUCACUCCACUCAGUGAAGUCCACUCCCAAUCGUUUUACUAAGACCAGCCAGGGUCGUAGCUGGAACACGGGUAACGGCUCCCCUGAUGCCAUCUGCUUUAGUGUGGACAAGCCAGGUGUGGUGCUGGUGGGCUUCUGCGUCUAUGGGGGAGGAGGCAUCCAUGAGUAUGAACUGGAAGUUCUUGCAGAUGACGCACAGACGGAGCACCAUGGAGACUCGGCCCAUUCCCACAGAUGGACAUCCCUGGAGCUGGUUAAAGGAACCUACAGCACUGAUGACAGUCCUAGUGACAUUGCUGAGAUUCGACUGGACAAAGCUGUGCCUCUGAAAGAAAAUGUGAAAUAUGCAGUCCGUCUGCGCAACUAUGGCAGCCGUACAGCUAACGGAGACGGAGGGAUGACCACAGUGCAGUGUUCUGAUGGCGUGACCUUCACCUUCAGUACCUGUAGUCUUAGUAGUAAUGGCACUAACCAGACCAGAGGCCAGAUUCCUCAGGUUCUCUACUACAGAAGUGAAUAUGAUGGAGAUUUGCAGUCACAGCUGCUCAUCAAAGCCAACGAGGAGGAUAAAAACUGCAGCCGUGCUCUCUCUGUGGUUAGUGCUGUGGUACGGGCAGCUAAGGACCUCCUGCACAGAGCCUUCGCUGUGGAUGCUGAGGACAUUCCAGAGUUGCUGAGCUCCUCCAGUCUUUUUUCCAUGCUGCUUCCCCUUAUUCUGGCCUAUAUCGGCCCAGUGGCUGCCUCUGUACCAAAGGCUGCUGUGGAGGUGUUUGGUUUGGUGCAGGAGCUUCUCCCUGCUGUGUCUGCGCUGAACCAGAAGUAUGCCCCACCUGCUUUUAAUCCUAAUCAGUCUACAGAUAGCACCACUGGAAACCAACCUGAGCAGGGCCUGUCUGCUUGCACAACCUCCAGUCAUUAUGCUGUCUUAGAGAGUGAUCAUCCAUACAAGCAGGCUGCUGUCACUCAAUACAAGGUAUCUUUCCCAGACUGUGUUCGCUGGAUCACUAUCGAAUUUGACCAGCAGUGUGGAACAGCCCAGCCAGAGGAUGUCCUGAGGGUUUUUAUUCCCACCCGAACUCUGCAUUUCUCCAGCCCCAGUGUCAAAGCACUUACUCACGAGACCAUCAAUGCUUGGACUGAGCUCAAGAAGUUCUCUGGAUCCAAUGGCUGGCCCAGUAGUGUCCUUGUACUUCCAGGAAAUGAGGCCCUCUUCUCCUUGGAAACAGCAUCAGAUUAUGUGAAAGAUGAGAAAGCCUGCUUCUAUGGAUUUAAAUGCGUGGCUGUGGGGUACGAGUUUAAUCCUGGCUCUGAUGAGGGCAUCAUUCAGCUGGAGAAGGAACUUGCUUAUUUGGGAAGUGUUUGUGCUGCUGCACUCAUGAAGAAGGACCUAGCUUUACCUAUAGGAAAUGAACUGGAGGAAGAUUUGGAGAUUCUUGAGGAAGCUUCUCUUCAGGUAUGCAAAGCACAUUCAGGGAUCUUGGGAAAGGGUCUGGCUCUAUCCCACUCACCCACUAUUUUGGAGGCACUGGAGGGCAACCUGCCCCUGCACCUACAAAGCAAUGAGCACUCCUUUCUGGAGGACUUCAUAACUUGCGUGCCCAAUUCAAGUGGAGGACGUCUAGCAAGGUGGCUUCAGCCAGAUUCGUAUGCAGACCCUCAGAAGACAUCCCUUAUCCUCAACAAAGACGAUAUUCGCUGUGGCUGGCCAACGACUGUUGUAGUACAGACCAAAGACCAAUAUGGAGAUGUAGUACAUGUGCCAAAUAUGAAGGUGGAGGUGAAGGCUGUGCCUGUCUCUCAGAAGAAAUCUAUUCAACAGGACAACAUGAAGAAGUUGCAGCGGCUCCCAGGAAGCCCCUCUAACUCAACAUCAGGCAUGGAUCUCACCUUUGGUGGCCUGCCAGCACCAAAACUGGAAGCCACUUAUGAACCCAUGAUCAUUAAGGAGGCUCGCUACAUUGCUAUCACCAUGAUGAAGGCAUAUGAGAAUUAUUCGUUUGAGGAGCUGCGCUUUGCCUCACCCACUCCAAAGAGACCUAGUGAAAACAUGCUCAUCCGGGCUAACACAGACGGCACCUACAGUGCCAACUGGACUCCUGGUGCUGUUGGGCUUUACACCAUACAUGUCACCAUAGAUGGCAUUGAAAUUGAUGCUGGUUUAGAGGUUGAAGUGAAAGACCCACCCAAAGGCAUGAUUCCUCCUGGGACACAGAUGAUUAAGCCCAAAGCUGAACCACAGCCAAGCAAGGUGCGCAAAUUUGUCGCCAAGGACAGCGCAGGGCUGCGUGUGCGUAGUCACCCCUCUCUGCAGAGCGAACAAAUAGGCAUAGUCCAAGUCAAUGGCACCAUCACUUUCAUUGACGAGAUCCACAAUGAUGAUGGUGUGUGGCUCAGACUGAAUGAUGAGACUGUAAAGAAGUAUGUUCCCAGUAUGAAUGGGUACACUGAAGCCUGGUGCCUCUCUUUUAACCAGCAUCUGGGCAGAAACCUCCUGGUCCCUGUUGAUAAUACCUUUAGUGCUAGCCAAGGAGUCAGGGAUAUCGACUUUUUGUCGUGGACGACCUUAUCUUGUUUCCCUCAGGAGGCCAGGCCCCAGUCAGAUGAGUGUAUAAGGGAGACCAAUGGCCGCCCUUCCCAUGAAGCCCCCAUGCGCAGUGUGGACAGGGCUGGCCUGGGUGGCGGACCAGGUCUUUAUAAGGUAGUGAAGACGGGACCCUCGGGUCACAACAUCAGAAGCUGCCCAAACCUUAGAGGUAUCCCCAUUGGGAUGUUAGUACUGGGGAACAAAGUCAAGGCGGUAGGCGAGGUGGUUAACCCAGAAGGAACAUGGGUGCAGCUGGAUAAGAACAGUGUGGUUGAGUUCUGUGAGAGUGAUGAAGGAGAGGCUUGGUCCCUAGCCAGAGACAGAGGAGGAAACCAAUACCUGCGUCAUGAUGAAGAACAAGCAAUCCUAGAGCAUGGAGCUCAGACUCCUCCCCCUAGCCCCUUCUCAGUGCAGGCCUUUAGCAGAACUAUGGGCAGUGGGGCACAAGGCUUUGAUUAUGGCAUCUCCAACAACAAAGGUGACCGCCUGAGUGCCAUACUGAAUUCCAUUCAGUCUGGGCCUUUCCUCCCAGCUCCCUCCAUAUUUGAGCAAGCCGCCAAACCUCCCUCUUCCCUUGUCCACAGCCCUUUUGUAUUUGGACAAUCCCUUUCCCAGCAGCCUCAGCCACAACCACAGCUUCUGAAUGCUUCAUCUCGCAGCCUUGCUUCAAGUGAGCGUGUGCACAAAAGCAGUGUGGCUGGGCCUGGCACCGCUCUCUCAUCUCUUGCUCUCAGACAAAAGGGUGAGAGGGGAAGUGUGACUCGGUCAAUGUCUCCGGCAAGCAAGCACCAUCAGGAAAGUCGCACAACUAAAGCUGACAGCCGCUCCAACCGUACUGCUGACCAGGGCAAAAUCAAAACCAUCGACAGUCUGUCUGCCAGCGAGGCUCUUAUCCUCAAAUCGGACACGGGUAAAUUACGCUCUGACUCGCACAGCCGUUCUCAUUCACCCAACCACAAUACUCUGCAGGCCCUAAAGGCUGACGGGAAAAACUCGGGCCUCCGGUCUGAGUCUCCAAAUCCAGGUUCGCGGUCAUCCUCCCCCAAACAGAAGACUGUCAUCUCAGGCAGGUCAAGUCCCUCUAGCAGCAGCUCCCCACGCUCCUCCUCUCCACAUGAUAAGAACCUGCCAAUGAAAGUCUGUCCCUCCUCAAAGGUUCACCUAGACCCUCCUCGUGAGCGAUCCAAAUCCGACUCCUAUACACUGGACCCUGAUGUUUUGAGAAAGAAAAAAAUACCACUGACAGAGCCUUUGAGAGGCAGGUCUACUUCUCCAAAACAGAAACACCUGCUAAAGGAGGCUAAAGCAGGAAGCAGCAACUCUGAAAACUGUUCCCCAUCUCCUCAUGUUGUUCAGGAAAACCUCCACAGUGAAGUAGUUGAAGUAUGCUCUUCCAGUGCACUGCUGUCCAACGAUGAACCCAAUGAUGAAAAUGCAGAAUUGCAUAAUGCUGAAGAGGGUUCUUCCAAAGUGCAUUUCAGCAUUGGAAAGGCUCCUGUCAAGGAAGAAUUAGAAAGCCGCUCCUCACCUAAAGUCAGCCGCAAGACCUCGAGUAGGCAUGUGCGCCCCAAAAAGGACAAAUCAGGGCCACUCUUUAAGGGUGAGAAUAUCCGCCAUGCAGAGCCUGCCAAACAGGCCAUGUCACCUUCUGUGGCUGAAUGUGCCCGUGCUGUAUUUGCAGCCUUCCUGUGGCAUGAGGGCAUUGUUCAUGAUGCCAUGGCCUGCUCCUCCUUCCUAAAGUUCAACCCCGAACUGACCAAAGAGCAUGCACCAAUUCGCAACUCGCUCAGCUGCCAGCAGAGCCUUGAUGAGAAGGAAAGCAAGCUGAAAAACCGUCACUCACUUGAGAUCUCCUCUGCACUCAACAUGUUUAACAUCUCACCUCAUGGCCCAGACAUCUCCAAGAUGGGCAGCAUCAAUAAGAACAAGGUUCUCUCUAUGCUUAAAGAGCCACCCUUGCCUGAGAAAUGUGAGGAUGGGAAAAGUGACCAGGCCUCCUAUGAAGUGACCAGCCACUCCACAUUGAGGUCAAAGUCUCUCCUACCCCUUACUCUCCAACACCUUGUUGCUUUUUGGGAGGACAUCUCUAUGGCAACUAUCAAAGCUGCCACACAGAACAUGAUCUUCCCCAGCCCAGGUUCUAGUGCCAUCCUGAAAAAGAAGGAGAGUGAGAAAGACAGCAAGAAGUCAAAGAAGGAGAAGAAAAAGAAGGAGAAAGCAGAGGUUCGCCCCAGAGGGAACCUCUUUGGGGAAAUGGCACAGCUGGCCAUGGGAGGCCCAGAGAAAGACACAAUCUGUGAGCUGUGUGGAGAAUCUCAUCCCUACCCUGUUACCUACCACAUGAGGCAGGCCCACCCAGGGUGUGGGCGUUAUGCUGGAGGUCAAGGCUAUAACAGCAUCGGCCACUUCUGUGGGGGGUGGGCUGGAAAUUGUGGUGAUGGUGGCAUAGGAGGGAGUACCUGGUAUCUGGUUUGUGAUCGUUGCAGAGAGAAGUACCUGAGAGAGAAACAAACUGCAGCUAGAGAAAAGGUAAAGCAGUCCAGGAAGAAGCCUUUGCAAGUGAAAACACCUCGAGCACUUCCCACAAUGGAGGCGCACCAGGUGAUCCGUGCCAAUGCCCUGUUCCUGUUAUCCCUGAGCAGUGCAGCUGAGCCAAGCCUGUUAUGCCAUCACCCACCCAAACCCUUCCACACACACCUACCUAGCCUGAAGGAGGGAGUUUCUGAAGAGCUGCCAAAUAAAAUCGGCUGCUUGUAUCUGCAGACCCUGGCUCGGCAACAUACAGAGAAUUUUGGAGGUUACCAGGAUGAAAACCUUUUCCAGGAUGAGAUGCGCUACCUGAGAUCGACAUCAGUACCAGCUCCUUAUAUCUCUGUGACACCCGAUGCUUGUCCCAAUGUCUUUGAGGAACCAGAGAGUAACAUGAAGUCCAUGCCACCUAGCCUGGAGACAAGUCCCAUCACAGACAGUGACACAGCCAAGCGGACAGUGUUCCAACGAUCUUACUCUGUGGUGGCUUCUGAGUAUGACAAACAGCAUUCGUCUUCUCCAGCUAGAGUGAAGGCAGUGCCCAGACGGAGGGUACACAGUGGGGAUGCAGAAGUUGGCUCCUCCCUCCUGAGACACCCCUCUCCUGAGCUGUCUCGACUGAUCUCAGCACAUGGCUCCCUGAGUAAAGGGGAAAGGAAUUUCCAGUGGCCUGUGCUGGCCUUUGUCAUUCAGCACCAUGAUUUGGAGGGUCUCGAGGUGGCCAUGAGACACGCUCUGCGCAAAUCGGCCUGCAGAGUAUUUGCUAUGGAGGCAUUUAAUUGGCUGCUGUGCAACGUGAUUCAAACCACCUCUCUCCAUGAUAUCCUCUGGCAUUUUGUGGCUUCUUUAACUCCAUCUCCAUGUGAGCCUGAGGAAGAAGAAGAGGAAGAAAACAAAGGCAAUAAAGACACAGUGGAGCAGGUUAGGCUGCACUGCACAAAUGAGAAAGAUUUGGGUGUGUGCGAGCAUCCUCUCUCCGACAUAGUCAUUGCUGGAGAGGCAGCUCACCCUCUCCCCCACACCUUCCACAGACUUCUCCAGACCAUCUCUGAUCUGAUGAUGUCACUGCCUGGUGGCAGUUCCCUUCAACAAAUGGCCCUCAGGUGCUGGAGUCUCAAAUUCAAACAGUCAGACCAUCAGUUUCUGCACCAGAGCAAUGUGUUUCAUCAUAUCAACAACAUCCUGUCCAAAUCAGAUGAUGGAGAUAGCGAAGAGAGCUUUAACAUCAGCGUGCAGUCAGGAUAUGAAGCCAUCAGUCAGGAGCUGUGUAUGGUAACCUGUUUGAAGGACUUGACCAGUGUGAUGGACAUAAAAACGUCCAGCCGGCCCGCUAUGAUUGGCAGCCUGACAGAUGGAUCUACCGAGACAUUUUGGGAGUCAGGGGAUGAGGACAAGAACAAGACAAAGAGCAUCACCAUCAGCUGUGUGAAGGGGAUCAAUGCCACUUAUGUUUCUGUGCAUGUGGACAACUCCCGUGAUAUUGGAAAUAAGGUCACAUCAAUUACAUUUCUCUGUGGAAAGGCAGUGGAAGACCUCUGCAGGAUCAAACAGAUUGACCUGGACUCGAGGCACAUGGGCUGGGUGACCAGUGAGUUACCGGGUGGGGACUACCAUGUGAUCAAAAUUGAGAUGAAGGGUCCUGAGAACACCUUGAGGGUGAGGCAGGUUAAAGUGCUUGGCUGGAAGGAAGGUGACACCAUCAAGAUAGCAGGGCAAAUCUCGGCUAGCGUGGCCCAGCAGAAGAACUGUGAAGCAGAAACUCUUCGUGUUUUCCGCCUCAUCACUUCACAGGUGUUUGGAAAGCUGAUAUGUGGGGAUGCAGAACCUACUCCAGAGCAGGAGGAGAAGAACCUGCUGUCAUCUCCAGAGGGUGAAGACAAGGCACCAUCUGAUGCUGAUUUAAAGGAACAUAUGGUUGGGAUCAUAUUCAGCAGGAGCAAGCUUACCAAUUUGCAGAAACAGGUAUGUGCACACAUUGUGCAGGCGAUACGCAUGGAAGCUACACGCGUGCGUGAGGAGUGGGAACAUGCCAUCUCUAGUAAGGAGAAUGCCAACUCGCAGCCCAGUGAUGAUGAUGCCUCCUCAGACGCAUACUGUUUUGAAUUGCUGUCAAUGGUCCUAGCCUUGAGUGGCUCCAAUGUAGGCAGACAGUACUUGGCUCAGCAGCUCACCCUGCUACAGGAUCUGUUCUCCCUACUCCAUACAGCCUCACCACGUGUCCAAAGACAGGUGACCUCACUGCUCAGACGUGUCCUUCCUGAGGUGACUCCUGUGCGCUUGGCCAGUGUAAUCGGUGUAAAGGCUUUGCCACCAGCAGAUAUCAGUGACAUUAUCCACUCAACAGAGAAGGGUGACUGGAACAAGCUUGGGAUUCUGGACAUGUUCCUGGGAUGCAUUGCCAAAGCCCUUACUGUACAACUCAAGGCCAAGGGCACCACCAUUGCUGGCAUAGCAGGCAUGGCAGCAGCCAAAGGUGUCACAACAGUUACAUUGCCCAUGAUUUUCAAUUCAAGUUACAUCAGGCGAGGGGAAAGUCACUGGUGGAUGAAGGGCUCCACACCACCUCAAAUUGCUGAGAUCAUCAUUAAGCUGGUUAAGGACAUGGCUGCGGGUCAUCUCUCAGACACCUGGUCCAGAGUAACCAAGAACGCCAUUGCUGAGACUAUUAUUGCGCUCACUAAGAUGGAGGAGGAGCACCGCUCUCCAGUGCGCUGCAUUGCUACCACACGGCUCUGGCUGGCUCUUGCCUCUCUCUGUGUGCUGGAUCAAGACCACGUGGACCGUCUAUCAUCAGGCCGCUGGAUGGGCAAGGAUGGCCAGCAAAAACAGAUGCCUAUGUGUGACAAUCAUGAUGAUGGGGAAACUGCAGCUAUCAUCCUUUGUAAUGUGUGUGGAAACCUGUGCACCGACUGUGACCGUUUCCUUCAUCUGCACCGCCGUACACGCUCCCACCAGAGACAGGUGUUUAAGGAAGAAGAGGAAGCCAUUAAGGUUGAUCUCCAUGAAGGUUGUGGAAGAACCAAACUCUUCUGGCUAAUGGCACUGGCUGACUCGAAAACCAUGAAGGCCAUGGUGGAGUUCAGAGAGCACACAGGUAAACCUGCUUCAAGCAGUUCAGAUGCCUGCCGCUUCUGUGGCACCAGGAAUGGCACCGAGUUGUCUGCAGUGGGGAGUGUGUGCUCAGACCCAGAUUGUCAGGAGUAUGCAAAGCUGGCCUGCAGUAAGACUCAUGCGUGUGGUCACCCUUGUGGCGGGGUAAAGAACGAGGAGUUGUGUUUGCCCUGUUUGCACGGCUGUGACAAGAACACUGGCUGUCUGAAACAGGACGCUGAUGACAUGUGCAUGAUCUGUUUCACUGAGGCUCUGUCGGCUGCCCCUGCCAUCCAGCUGGACUGUAGUCAUGUGUUCCAUCUUCAGUGCACACGCAGAGUCCUGGAAAACCGCUGGCUAGGCCCUAGGAUAACGUUUGGCUUCAUGUCCUGUCCUAUCUGUAAGAACAAGAUUAACCACUCUGUGAUCAAAGAUCUGCUGGAUCCAAUUAAAGAGCUCUAUGAAGAUGUGAGGAGAAAAGCUUUAAUGAGACUGGAAUAUGAAGGGCUGCACAAGAGUGAGGCCAUAACCAUGUCUGGGGCUCGCUUUUACAAUGACCCUGCCGGAUUCGCUAUGAAUAGAUACGCUUACUACGUCUGCUACAAAUGCAAAAAGGCUUAUUUUGGGGGAGAGGCACGCUGUGAUGCAGAGGCAGGACAGGGAGAUGACUAUGACCCCAGUGAGCUUAUCUGUGGUGCAUGCUCAGAUGUGUCCAGGGCACAGAUGUGCUCCAAACAUGGAACAGACUUCCUUGAAUACAAAUGCCGUUACUGCUGUUCUGUUGCUGUGUUUUUUUGCUUUGGGACCACACACUUCUGCAAUGCCUGUCAUGAUGACUUCCAGAGAAUGACCAGUAUUCCCAAAGAAGAGCUGCCUCAUUGUCCUGCUGGCCCUAAGGGUAAACAGCUGGAGGGGAGUGAGUGUCCCCUGCAUGUUGUGCAUCCUCCCACAGGAGAGGAGUUUGCUCUGGGCUGUGGUGUGUGCAGGAAUGCUCAUACCUUCUAAACUAACGGGUGGCGUUGUACGUUACUGUCCCUGUUUUACCUGCAACUGCAGACUCCUGCUUCAGCCCAGUCUGAAGGGAAUGUCUAGAUGUCUGGCUUGAGGAAGCAGUGAUGCAGCACUGUGCUUCGAGAUUCUGUGUCUCUCUCAACAGAUCCUGAAGAACCCAGGAAAUAGUAAAACUAUGGAGAAAAAAGAAAAAAAAAAAAAACUUGUGACGUGUCUGCAUGCGGCCGUUGUAACCCUCGGCUCCCUUAAACUUUGCUCACCACCUGAUCACUGAAGUGUACCAAUAUGGAAACUGACUCUCUUCCUAAUCCUGUACAGUAUUCUCCUCUGUUGAGUGCACCAUGGCUUAGCAGAAAAGACUUCAGUUCAGAUUAUAUAUGUGGACUGUCAAGAAUGUUAUGAUGGCAGGAAAAUAGUGUACGAUUUAUCUAAUCUUGUAUAUAAUGAUAAUAUCCAAAAUAGGUGUAUUCAGAUGUUGCUACUCUACACUUCAGUUUUGUUUGAUAUUCUGGGUUUUGUUUUGAGCCAGAACUUUUAAUGAAGUGCAAUACUGGGUGUGCCUCCUAUCUUGCAGCUGUAAACAUGGAAUGUAUGUCAAUAAAGCAACUGUACAUUUUUAUACAGUGACACGCUGCUGUGUUUUCACCUGGCAAAUAUAGCAUCAUCCUUGUGCUCAAUAAAACUUUGAUGGGCCUACAUCUGUCACGUGUGAAGGGUUUAAAAGGAACCCUUUCAACUCUUCAAUGAUAUAAUGUGGUACAAAACCAUUUUCUGUCUUUUUAAAAACCAUAAAAGGUGAGUAUGUUCUAUUAUUGUAUUGUAAAAAAAAAAAAAAAAAAAAAAAUAGAA